GGCUUCCACAUCCUCCUCAUCCUCCUCUUCCUCCUCAUCCUCUUCAUCCUCAUCCUCCUCAUCCUCUUCUUCAAGUGAUGAUUCUGGAUCAAGCUCAGGCACAGUCUGGCUUGUGCUAGGGAUCAUCUUUGGGAUCUGCUUCCUUAUUAGCUUUGUUGUUGCGAUCUGGCUGAUUUAUGCAAUGUGAUGCAGUGGAAGCAAAGGAUCUGUUCAUACCCCAAACAAGGUUAAUCCAAUUACGCAUACUUCAAACGUAAACAGCAUUGAGCCGAGCAUCAACAACACCCACAUGAUCAUUCCAACAAUGUAUCAGUAUACAGACCAACAACUAGCUCAAAUACAGCCUGGCCCUGGGGUCACUACCAACCAAAACACGUAUACGAAUAAUCUCCUACCUCCUAUUGCUGAGCAGCAAAAGAUCGCAGACCCUACCAUGGUUACAAGCACAACCUUAAAACUCUCUAAAACAUAUACAAAUGCUAUCCCCUAUGGAACCCAGUCAAUCCCGGCCCUCAAAACAACCCAGUCAACCCCAGAAUCUCAUCCCUACCCCCAGAGGAACAAAAAGUAGCUCUCUAAUCACUAAAAAUCUUCCCAAAAUCCUAUCAAAUCCCUUCUAAUUUUCAA